AUGAGCUCUACUUUCUUUACAUGCAACUGUUGUGUUAUUCAGUUCAAGACUAGUGAUUUGCAAAGAUAUCACAUGAAGACCGAAUGGCACAGGUACAACUUAAAGAGAAGAAUUGCCAACCUGCCGCCAAUUGGUGCGGAACAGUUUGCUGAGAAAUUGCAAAUUUCAGAAAAGGAACAAGCUGAAAAUCAGGUUGAUGAGUUUGGUUUCCCUGUUCUAAAGCCUGUUAUGAACCAAAGUAACGCUUUGCCUCAGAAACAGAAGAAACCGAUCAAGUCAAAGAGAGGAAGAAAAGUUGGUACGAACUUAUUGAAGAGGAAAGACAGGGAUAUUGCUAAAGAAAAACAGAAUAGAUCGGUGUCCCCUUCUGGAUCAAUAUCUUCACAAUUAUCUAAUUUGACAGUAGGAACAGAAAACACGAAUACAGAUUAUGGUGAAGAUACUGUCUCUGAAUACGGUUUCACUAGUGACUCUAAUUAUGAGUAUGCUACUAGUGAUGAGGAACUAGAUAUAGCGGAUAAGCCAAGUGAUAAAGAAAAUGAAAAGAUUACCAUCACGGAAUGUAUAUAUUGCGGGAAAGACAAUAAAGAAGUGGAAAGAAAUGUCAAACAUAUGUUUAGCGAGCAUGGUCUUUUCAUACCUGAAAGGUCAUAUUUGAUUGAUCUAAACGGUUUACUAGAGUUUUUAAUAAAAAUGAUUGUUAUUGAUCAUAACUGUCUGUGUUGUAACUUUCAUGGCUCCGGUUUGGAAAGUAUAAGAGCGCAUAUGGCUUCUAAGCGUCAUUGCAGGCUGCCAUAUGAAACAAAGGAGGAGCGUCAGCUUUUCGCCCCAUUUUACGAUUUUACUUACGAUGAUCACUCUAUUAGCAAAAAUCUUCAGAAUGACAGAGCAAUUACUUCCAAGCUUUCAUCUGUCUAUGGGGCCAAAAAUGAUGAAGAAGAUGGGGAGGUAGAUAUCACGUUGGUCUCAUCCGAAAAUGACAUUAAUGCAAACUAUACCACCGUAUCUAUUGAUGAAUCUGGUUUAGAACUUACCUUGCCAACAGGCGCUAGGCUAGGUCAUCGUGCGGGCCAGAGGUACUAUAGACAAAAUUUACCUUCGCAGCCAAACCCUAACGAAAGCAGAAGAACGAUUACAGCUGCUGAUAGAAGGAUGGUCAGUGGUGUUACCGAGAAGCAAUAUAAGAAGGGUAUGAAGAAAAUGCAACAAUUGGAGAAAAAUGCCAUUAAUACGCAGAUCCGUCGCGAAAUUAAAAGGGUUAACUUUCAAACACAUUACAGGGAUGAGUUGUUGCAAUAG